UUUGGAUUUACCUGUAGCCGCAGGUAAUAACCUACACGGGAAGACGAAGGAGCAGAACACUGGAAUUGACCAAAAUGAGUUUAGUCUUCAGUGGUUAGGGUUGGUAGCUAGCUAUUUGUCUUGAAAUCAGUUGACUUUGCUGUGAAGAAAACACAGUUGGAGAGUUCAGAAACCGAUACACACAAACUCGAUCCGAAGAAAGAACGUUUUCCGUACGGACUUCCGUAAUUUUAUCGGCGUCAAGAGUUAACAAAAGUAACCCAAGCGAUUUAUGCGGUCCCGGAGCUUUGAGCCAUGCCUGGCCACAGCAUAGGGGCUCCUCAGAAGUCCCGCCACGAUAAACAGCACAGGGGACACGGCACCAGGGCUGACGGCUACAAGCAGGGCCACACCAUCUCUAGAGACCGCACCGCCAGCCAAGAGUCCUACAAGGACGCCCAUGCCGACCACAACACACGGGAACAGUACAAUGGUGACCACACCCGUCACUCUGAAGGGCAGCAAGGCCGCAGAGGAGCCCCCUCGACACGACACGUCAACGGGCGGGGGUCAGAGACACUGGGCUUCAUCCCUGGCUCAGCAGACUCCCCCCAGAGCACAAAUGCAUGUGGCUCGUGUGCCUCUAUGGGCUGGAGUGGCUGCAAGGCGCUCCUUUGCUGUGUCCUCACCUGUGGCUUCUGUGGCAGCCGGGAUCUCUGUCUGCCUGCCAACAACGAGAGCUCCACGGAACACCCCAGCAAGGCCGACCCUGAGCAGCCCCACCCCCCCAACGGCAUGUCCGUGUCCAAGCCCACCUGCGGCAUCCCUCUGGAGUCCAGCAUCAAGCCUUCCAAGCAGCCCUCCAAGCUGCCUCCCAGUGACAGCUUCCGCUACAAGGACGUCCGCAUCGGGGGCCAGACGGUGGUCUAUCCCACAUCAUCGUCGGGCCCCAAGCGGACGCGUACAGGCGGCAAGGGCGACAGCCAGCGUCCCGUCAGCAACACCAGCACCAUCUACUCCCGGGAGGACCUGGAUCUGGAUGACCUGAGAGACAGCGGCACGGACAUUGACUCGCUCAUCACUAAGAAACUUCUAGAGCUCUAUGCGCUGCACCAGAUCGACCAACUGGCCAAGUGCACGUCUGACUCGUCGUUCUCAAGGAAGACCAAUGAGAUCAGCGAGCUGAUCUGCAGCAUUGCUCAGGACUACAACCUGGAGCAGCAGGAGGCAGAGUGCAGGCUGGUGCACGGCGUCAUCCGCAUCAGCACGCGCAAAGGCAAGAGGAACAAAAACUCCAACUCCCAGGCCCAGGAGCCAGUGCACCAGCAGCCGCGAGCAAACGAGGGGAACGACCGAGGGACCCUCCUUCCUGACAGUGGCAAUGAAACCAUGACGUACACCUUUAACAGCAGUGAGAUGGAGCCUGAGGUGAAAGUGUCAGAGCUGACACAGUCGGACGAACUAGCCAGGAAGAUGAGGUACUACAGUGGAAGAAGCCCUCCUAGCUGACUCCAGCUCAGCUACAGCCUACUCUCCCUACCAGCAUGACACAGAGGCGGACUCGUCAGGAGUUCCACUGCUGCACGUCCUCUGAACGUCACGACAAGGUCAACGCCAACGUCCAGGGCACGACGUUCUCAAGGGCCUCAAUCGAACUGGGGCCGGCUGUUGUGUGAUAGUGGGACAUGUUGCUCCUCCAACGCCAUCAUUUUGCCUCCCUGGAACUAAUAGGACAUCCUAUAAUGACAGAGAGGCUCUUAAGUGUGGGACUAUUGAAGUCAUCUCUUCUCUGGUGUGGAAUCAGCAUGUCCUUCCAAAUCAUGGAACCGUCUGUGAGGGAGGCCUGCUUGGAAGGGUGAGAUGGUGGCACCAGUCUACAGGUGCCCAAUUGGCACAUAUCUGAACACUGGGAAAAAACAAGGGGAUUUUUUUUGUUUUUACGGGAAAGAAACUAUGGACUUUUGUGUAUUUGCAUGCUAUAUUUUAAGUUUUUAUACCAGUUAUGUUGUUGCCUUGCCACUCCUAGCAGACACCAAAAUCACUCCAUGCUUUUUAAACUCCGUUCUCAGUCAAGUGACUGAACCCUAACUCACAACCGUCCCUGUUUUAGUGUGUGUGUGUGUGUGUGUGUGUGUGUGUGUGUGUGUGUGUGUGUGUGUGUGUGUGUGUGUGUGUGUUUUAGGGCACCCUACCAUUUGGACCCAGUAGCAGGUUUAGCUUCAUACUUUACUUUCAGUGUCAACUUUGUACAAAACUUUUUUCCAAGUGUACGUUGGUUUUUUGGUUUGUCUAAACAUAACUUUUGAAAUUGGAAUAGGGGCAUUUUUUAAACGUAUUUUUUUUGUUGGUCAAUGUAUAGGUACAUUUUUAUAAAAAUAAAAAAAAGCAAUGAA